AUGUCUCAUAAGAAUAAUCGUGGAAAAUGUAUUCAGUGUGGCAAGGGUCCUCGUAAAUUGAUAAAUGGUAUUUGUCAGUAUGAAUGUGCGAAGAAUAGUGCAAACGUAGCUGAAAAUUCUAAGCGUAAUCCUGUUAAACAGUGCAGAUCGUGUAAGAUGUCUGAUCAGGGAACUGGCCCAUUGCUAAAUUGGGUUAUUUGUUCUAAUCCAAGUUGUGCAGGCUGUUAUCAUGCAGUAUGUACCAAGUUAGGUGAACUUUCGAGCUCUGCGUUGGCUGCUAUUUACUGGAUUUGUCCAAAAUGUGUGGUGUCCGUAAAACCGUAUGG